AUGUUUCUCCUCGAUGUUCUCCAGACUAUACUUCUCUUCAAGGCUCAAUUGCUGAGCCAGUUUGCGCCAUCUGGUCGGGGCCCCACUGGCGGCGCAUUCGAUUGCUCGGUCGACGAUAUCAAGUCAUUGCUGCCAGAUGGGUCGAAGCUCCUUUAUGCUUCUCAUUAUGAUGCUGAUGAUCGCUUCACGCCCCCGCUUGAGCACAAUUCUGGCGCCUUUAGGAUCUCGUCGUAUACGCUGCCCAGGAGUGCUUGUGUCUUUCAGGCGAAUUUGACAUUGCCUGGGGAGACUGAACAUAGUGUUGGGGUGGUGUUGCCGGAUGAUUGGAAUGGGAGGUUCUUGACAGCGGGAAAUGGGGGUUUCUCGGGAAGUGUUAGUUGGGGAUCUAUUAUCGAUGCCUCCUGGUAUGGAUUCGCCGCUGUAUCUACAAAUACAGGCCACGAGAGCUCUGGCGCCGAAUGGGCUUACCAUAACCAAGAAGCUCUCGCCAACUGGGGCUACAGGGCUAUGCAUGAUGCAGUCGUCAAUGGUAAGUCCGUGACGGAGCAAUACUAUGGAAAGAAGAUUGCAUACAGCUAUUAUCGCGGCUGCUCCGCGGGUGGAAAGCAGGGACUCAAGGAAGUUGAGAUGUUCCCUUAUGAUUUCGACGGAGUGAUUGCCGGAGCUCCCGCCUGGUGGACAACUCAUCUGCAACUGUGGAACAUGAUUGUCGGUAUCUGGAACUCACCAGCAGACUCUCCACAUCAUUUGUCGAACGAACAUAUCGAUCUUCUGGCCAACGAGGUUAUUCGCCAAUGCGAUCCCCAGGAUGGGGUGGAAGACGGCAUCGUCAUGAACCCAGAUGCAUGUAUCUUCCGGCCUGAAGCUCUCUUGUGUGUGGAGGACGUUACAGAUCUUUCAAAUUGCCUGAACACAGAGCAGAUCAAGACCGUGUACAAACUCCACAACGACUGGAUGGAAGCAAAUGACACAUUCAUUUUCCCACAUCUUACUCUGAGCAGUGAGUGGAAGUGGAGCGGCCUGGUCUCUUCUCCCGCAAGUCUGGGUACGGACUACGUCAAAUGGAUGCUUCAGUUGGGUGAAGACUGGUCAUGGGAGGAUUGGGACCCCGAACUGAUAAAGUUAUCGGAUGAGCUGAACCCCGGAAAUGCCACAACAGAUGACUACGAUCUCUCUCCUUUCUAUAAUAAGGGAGGCAAACUUCUUCAUUAUCACGGCUGGUCCGACUGGUCUAUUGCUGCGGGGUCGAGCAUUUAUUUCUAUGACCAGGUUGUCAAUGCUUUACGUCCGAAGGGGAUAAACCCGGGUGAUUUCUAUCGCUUCUAUCUGAUUCCCGGAAUGGGGUAA